AUGGAGAAUUCUAUUGAGCGAAUACCUGAACCGAAACCCGUAAUCUAUCAAAGAAGUGUUACUUUUGACGAAGCUCUCUCAAUGACAAAGUUUGGAAAAUUCAACUAUAUUCUUAUAAUAAUAUCUGGUACAAUACUAACGUCAGUGUUGUUGGAAACUCUUGGGAUAAGCUAUGUUAUACCUGUAGCAGAGUGUGAUUUACUGUUAACGACAAAAGAAAAGGGAGUAUUAAGUGCAGUCGCAUUCGCAGGAAUUAUUGCUAGCUCGCAUUUGUGGGGAUUUCUGGCAGAUACCCGGGGGAGAAAGAAAGUAAUUGUUCCGACGCUAUUUCUUACAUUCGCUGCAACAAUUAUAUCAAGUUUCACCAGUAAUUUUUGGAUUCUGACAGCUUUAAGGUUCUUUGCUGGGUUCUUCAUAUCUGGUUCAUCUGCAACAAUUUACGCCUAUUUGGGAGAAUUCCAUAACAAGCGCAAUGGGUCACGUGCUAUUAUGGGCGCUUCAUUUGUGUUCGGUGUCGGUUGUUUGCUGCUUCCAGGAAUUGCAUUCUCCAUCAUCAACCAGGAAUGGGAGUUUACUAUCCCCUUCCUCAAUGUGAUUUACCGCCCAUGGAGAUUAUUCUUGGUGGUCUGCGGACUUCCCAAUUUGAUAUGCGCGUUUACCCUACUCAAAUUCCCAGAAAGCCCGAAGUUUGUAUUCAAUCAGGGUAAACCUGAAAAAGCAAUUGAAACUAUUCAAUGGAUGCACAAGCUUAAUACUAGUGGGAAGGAAUCCAGGCUUCAAAUAGCAGCCAUAUUGGAUGAAACUGAGGCGCGACAAACUAAAGAAAGACGCAACGAGAUUAAUAACACCAAAGGAUUUUGCGCUCUGAUGAGACUGGUUUGGGAUCAAACGGCUCCUCUUUUUAUGAGUCCAUAUUUGAACAAAACUACUAUAGUUUGUGUGCUACAAUUUGGAAUUUAUCUGUCUUCCAACGGUCUGUACAUGUUUUUCCCGGAUAUCCUAAACCGCGUUGCGGAAGUUCAAGAGCGUGGUUCAAACAAAACAACAAUUUGCAAUGCUGUUUAUGCAACACAACUUUAUGGUUCCCCGGAUGGAGUCAACAUGACGGAGAAGUUGCCAGAUUGCAAUCAAAAGCUAGACAUUAUGGCAUAUGAACACUCAUUUAUGUUAGAGCUGAUGUAUGCUUUGGGAUUUGCAGUUAUAGGACUGAUCAUCAAUGCUGUAGGAAAAUUGCCAAUUUUGGUAUUUGUCUUCCUUUGCUGCGGCCUUUCCGGUGUUUUUAUUACAUUCAUCGAUAUUCCAUUAUUGGCCGUGUGGUUGUACGUAAUUUUGUUAACAUGUGGAUAUUGCAUUAACGUAGUUAAUGCUGUCACAGUGGAUUUGUUUCCCACUAAUCUCAGAGCUAUGGCGGUUUGCAUCUCUUUGAUGUUCGGAAGGCUAGGAAGCGUUGUGGGUGCUAAUAUCGUUGGUAUGUUGCUAGAUACUCAAUGCGAAUUGACAUUCUGGAUAUCUGGUGUUUCCUUGAUUGCGUGCGGUAUACUAUCCUUUUUCAUCCCGAACAUUUACAAAAGAAAUCCGUCUGGUCCAAGGGUCAGUGUUUCAUCGGAUAUAUCAACACGCUGA